AUGGAAGUCAUAAGAAAGUUCUUUCUGUCGCUGGGUCUCAGAGGUGACUGUAAGGUUGGCCUCCUUGACCAGAAACACGUUCUAAUUCGUCCCGUUCUGGAGGAAGACUACACCAGCCUCUUUGCGCGGAGAAUUUGGUAUGUUAGCAGCUCGCCAAUAUCGAUUUCCAAGUGGUCGUUGGAGUUUAAGGCAUAUCAGGAAGAUCCCAGUUAUUCAAGCUCGCUUCUACGUGACGCAUCAACUUGUGACUUGCGCCGUCCGUCAGUAGCUAGAGUGUUGGUGGAGGUAAACGUAGUGUCGACUGCUGUGCGUCGUAUUUGGAUAGGUGAUGAGCACUUCGGCUUCUGGCAGCCUGUUGAGAUGGAGGUGUGGCCAGACUACUGUGGGUUCUGCAGCAGAUUCGGGCAUACAGAGGAGCAGUGUUUUCACAGAAAUCCUUCCUUGCGCCUGGAUCCGUUGCCUCGCGCUGCCCAGUCGAAAACACUGAAACAUCGACAAGUAUACGUUCCGAAAGUGGUGAAUGAGAAGGGAAAGGAGUUGGGGGUGGCACCUGGCCAGGACCAGGUGUCGCUGGAGAGUAAACAGGCGGCUGAUGUCGGUGAACAAGGACUGGCUGCUGGUAGAAUCGAUUCUGGAACUUGUGCACUGCUUCAGUCGGAAGGAACAUUGGAACAGGUUGAUGCGGCAAUGAGUGCAGCGUCUCUGGAGCCUGUUGCAGACGGCAAUAAGAUGGUACAGACUUUGGGUCUGGGAAAUAAUGGGGCUAAGGGGAAGGAGGGCACGCUAGUUCUUCAGUCGGAAGGAAUGGGGAAUGACGAGUGCCGCCACGGGAGUGCUGGUCACCUGUGGAUUGAGCUGCAAGGCGGGUCUCGCGUGGGCAUCGAAGAGGAGGGAAGCAUAUGGGUGACAAAUACUUUCGCUGCUCUAGGAGAGUUGGAAGGUGAAUCUGCAGACGAGGAGCAGCGAGACAGGCGUCCUGUACGAGGGGCCUCCCGAAGGGACUCUUUGCGCUAUCUGAAGAAGUUGUGCUUGGACAACAAGGUUAGGUUAUUAUUCCUGUUAGAGCCAAUGUCUGCGGAGUGUCAGUUGGAGGUGGUACGGAGGUAUUUAAACUUUGAUUUUUCAGCUCUUUAUAUUGGUGGUAAAAUAUGGGUGUUUUGGUCGUGCUUCUUACGACUUAGCUGUGUCGAGUACGCUGAGCAAAUGCUUCAUGCUCACGUUCCCUUUGGCUCUGGGGCAUCCUUUUGGGUGUCUGCGAUAUAUGCCAAGUGCACGAGGGUUGGGCGGAGGCCUCUCUGGGAGGCAAUGGAAAGUGUGGCUUCCUCGGUCUCACACAAUCAACCCUGGGUAGCAGCAGGCGAUUUUAAUGUCAUAGCUUCAGCAGCGGAGCGUGAAGGGGGGGCUCCAGCUAAUGUUCGGAACAUAGAUGAAUUUAAUGCUUCCAUGUUCAAAUGCGGGCUAUCCACAAUUGAUUUUGAUGGAUCUCGAUUCACGUGGACUAAUGGGUCAGUCUGGCAGCGCUUAGAUCGGGCAUUGGGGAAUAGGCGGUGGUCUGAGGCCUACCCGCUUUCUAGGGUUUCCCAUAUGGCCAGAGAGAGAUCGGAUCACAGCCCGUUGUUGAUUCGAUGUGCAGGAUAUAGGGCUACCUCGUCGUGCUUUCGAUUUCUUAAUGUUUGGCGCUACCACCCCCAGUUCCGGGAGAUAGUGUCAGACGCAUGGAGUAAAGAGGUCUAUGGCAUGGGGAUGGUUAGAUUUUACAACAAGCUCAAAACGGUACGAGAUGCAUUGAAGCAAUGGAACCGUGUGGUGUUUGGCAAUGUCUCUUCUAAGGUGGCAGAGGCGAAGCAGGAGUUAAAACAGAGGGAGGCGAAGUACGAUUUGCUUAGAAGUGAGGAGUCGAAGAUUCAUCUCCAUGAGGCCAGAGCGAGAUACAAUCGGGCACUUUCUAUGGAGUGUGAGUUUUGGCAUCAGAAGGCAGGUAUUAAAUGGUUACAGGCGGGGGAUGCUAAUACUGCGUUUUUUCACUCUUGGGUCCGCCAGCGUCGGAACUCGAAUUUCAUUUCCCGUAUUAGGAAAGAGGAGGGGGGAUGGCAUGAAGACCUGCAGGAGAUUAAGAACUCAGCGGUAUCUUUUUUUUUGGACUUGUUCGCAUCCAACCGCCAGGUACAGGCCCUCACUGAGCUUCCUUUUGAGGUUCCUAGAGUCACCCAGGAGGAUAACGAGAUCAUGAAACGGCUUCCUACGAUGGAGGAAAUCCAUGAGGUAGUGUUUGGAAUGGAGACACAGAGCGCUCCGGGUCCUGAUGGGUUUGAAGCAGGAUUUUUCCAAAGCUGCUGGGACAUUGUUAAGGAUGACUUGCUCAUGGCUAUCCAGGACUUUUUCCAGGGUAUGGAGCAACCCAGGAGCUGGUCACACUCUAUGGUGGUGCUCAUCCCAAAAGUGGAGGGUGCAUCCCACUGGCGGGAUUUUCGGCCUAUUAGUCUUUGUAAUGUAAGUUCUAAGGUUGUGUCUAAGAUAUUGGCGAUCAGGAUCAGUAAGCUCCUCCCGAAGCUCAUUUCACCAUGGCAAACAGGGUUUGUUCCAGGGCGUGGGAUAGUGGACAAUGUUCUAUUGGCGCAGGAGCUGAUUUUAGACUUGGAUAGGAGGUUGAUUGACCCGAAUUUGAUCUUGAAGCUGGACAUGGAGAAGGCAUAUGAUCGGGUUGACUGGUCGUUUUUAAUUUUUCUGCUUAGGCAGUAUGGUUUUGAAGAGGUAGUAGUGGAUUUGCUCUUUCAAACGUUCUCUAACACUUGGUUCUCGAUCCUAGUUAAUGGGGAUCCAACGGGCUUUGUGAAGUCAUAUCAGGGGGUGCGACAGGGUGACCCUCUUUCUCCCGCGCUUUUCUUAUUUGUGGUAGAUUUUUUUGGGAGAGGACUGCAAAGGAUUUUUUAUUCCAAGGACAGUAGGUACUUCGUAUCUGCUGGGUCGAAAGUGCUGUAUUUAGCCUUUGCGGAUGAUAUGAUCAUCUUCACUCGAUGCUCGCAGGAUGCGUUGGUGUCCAUUAAGGAUUUUUUGCAGCUCUACCAAAGUUGUUCUGGCCAGAAGGUGAAUAUUACUAAGAGUGCCUUUUACGCAUCGGCUAGGGUUACGGACACCCAGCGGGCCCUGGUAAGCACGACCCUGGGGUACCAGUGCCAGGUUUUUCCGUUCAGGUAUCUAGGGGUGCCGCUGAUUCGCUGUAGGGUUACAUGUGCAGUGUUUGAUACGUUGCUGGGCAAGGUUCGCCAAAAGCUAUUCCAUUGGAGCUCAAAGAUGCUAUCUAUGGGGGGGAAAAUUGUCCUUUUACGAAGUGUCCUGUGUUCCCUUCCUGUCUACUUACUCCAGGUGCUCCAACCGCCGAAGGCUGUGCUGCUGCAUUUAGGCCGAGUGUGCAAUGCUUUUUUGUGGGAUACCUCUAUUGAAAGCAAAGGGACUCACUGGACGGCUUGGGAUAAGGUUUGCCGUCCGGUCGAGGAAGGGGGCCUGGGGUUUCGCUCUUUUGAGGAUGUCGCCAAGGCUUUCUCAUGUAAGCUCUGGUGGAAGUUGAGGGAACGGGCAUCCAUUUGGGCAGAGUUCAUGCACGUCAAGUAUGUCAGAGGGGGGCAUCCUCUUCUAGUUUCAGUUGACCGCCCGUCCCCAGUUUGGCGCCGUUUGGUAGAGGUGAGGGAUCUCGCGGAGGGGAAUAUCCGGUGGUGUCUGGGGGAGGGCUUAGUUGACUUCUGGCAGGACAGGUGGUGUGCUGAUAUUCCGCUCGCCAGACGGCUUCUUCCGGGGCACUUAGUGUCGAAGGUCAUGGAGCUGCGUAUAUUUCCCAAUAUACAAGACCAAAUGAUUUGGACGGCGUCACCUUCGGGGAGCUUUACUGUGUCUUCAGCUUGGGACGUUCUUCGUUCAAAGCACAAUCGAUCUGUUAUUGAUUCCUUGGUCUGGAGCUCGGUGGUCCCUCUGAAGGUAUCCUUCUUUGCGUGGAGGUUGUUGCGUGGUUGGCUCCCCUUGGAUGAUCUCCUUCAAGGUAGAGGAUUGAGGUUAGCGUCAAAGUGCUACUGUUGUGGCCUAGCGCCAGAAACGGGAGACCAUCUUUUUGUCUCGGGACCUUUAGCGAGCAGGGUUUGGCGGCACUUCUCCCGCCGCUUUGGGCUGGUAGUCCAGGGGAGUGGGGUGGCAUCGAGGCUCUCAUGUUGGCUCUUGUCUCACCGGUUUGUCUCACAGAAUCAUAUUCGUGUCAUUCUCCCUCUCUUGAUCUUGUGGUUUAUUUGGAAGGACCGUAACAAGGCCCGCUUUGAGGGGAUGAGUAUGUCGUCCGAUCAGGUAAUCAACCAGGUGUGCACAUUUGUCAAGCAGUUGGGCAGGGGGGGCCUGCUCAAGUUGGAGUUUUUCAAAGGGGACACAGAUUGUGACUGGGUGAAAUUCGGUAAGGCCAAGGAAAAAUUGGUACAGCUUCGAGCCUUUUCUUGGGCAAAACCUACAGGGCAAGCGGUGAAACUCAACACUGAUGCAAGUGUUGUAAGCGGGCGUUCAAGUGGUGGAGGGGUGGUGCGCUCGGCUGAGGGUAAUUUAGUGUUUGCCUUUUAUAAAGAGUUUGGAGAGCAAGACGUUCUCUCCUCAGAGGCGUUGGCGUUGCUGGAGGGUCUUCGUUAUUGCCAGGACAACAAUCUCUCGGGAGUCAUAGCGGAAGUGGAUUCUAGUACUUUAGUGCAUCUCGUGUCCUCUAAGAUGACGUCUUGUUGGCCGUUAUGUAACACAAUUAGGCAUAUUCGGUGCUUGGUGGCAAAAUUGGGGGUGUCUUUGGUUCACACGUUCAGAGAAGCAAAUGCGGUUGCCGACGCUUUGGCCUCCUCGGACCUACGAGCGGAUGCCCGCUUCUUGAGUGAAAUAGCUCUCCCUUCUAAAGUUCGGGCACUUUUGCAGUUAGAUAGGUUGUCAACUCCGUAUGUGAGAGUGUGUACGGUCUCAGGGUAG